AUGCAGAAGGCGGUGCUCCUCGAUACCGCCUGCAUCGUCCGCCGGUUUCUCAUCCCUAUCGCCCUAACCCUCGGCCGUUUGGAGGGGAGGGACAAAAACGGACCGAUUAAUUAUAAACAUCGUUACGUAGAAGAUAGAAGUAUUAAAGUUGGUACAUUGUGUGGAAAUGUUGUUUGUCUAAAUUUCGAUUUGUGCGCGAGCUCCUUGGGGUUGAGCUAUGUUGCAGAAGAUGAGAAAGGGCAUAUUGUUGGGUAUGUUCUUGCUAAAAUGGAGGAGGAUGGAGAAGAUAAUCGUCAUGGUCAUAUCACAUCCUUAGCAGUUAAGAGAUCACAUCGCCGUCUUGGCCUUGCACAGAAACUAAUGAAUCAAGCUUCUCUUGCUAUGGUUGAGUGUUUCCAGGCAAAGUAUGUUUCUUUGCAUGUAAGGAAGAGCAAUAGAGCAGCACUAAAUCUCUACACAAAUUCAUUGGGAUUUAAAAUUUUGGAGAUUGAACCAAAGUACUAUGCAGAUGGUGAAGAUGCCUAUUCCAUGAUGAGAGAUCUAAGUGCUUUCUCAGCAGACAAUAAAAUUGAACCAACAGAUAACUUGGAAAUAAAAUCUGAAUCUGCAAUUGUGUCACAGUGU